UUGGCAAUGAUGUUAGUUUUUGAGUUAGUCAACAAUUGGUUCCUUUUACUGAUGUUGAUGUCUUCAAGGCAAUCGAUUUAGGUAUAGGUGGUCUAGAUGUUCCUUUUGAUGAGUGUGUAGUUGGAUUGGUUGGUGAGAUAUUUAAUUCCAAAACCACUACAAUGCAGGAUUUGAUUGACAUGUUCCAUUUGAUUGUCAAAGAUGAGGAGAUACUUGUUGAUGUAGUCUGUAGGUUGUACAUAUUAGUUUGUUUAGUAACAUUUUUUUUGCCUAGGAAAUCUAAAUAUGUUGCUAACAUGCCUUGUGCAGUCUUAGACGACUUAUAUAGUUUAUGUUUGUAUGACUGGGCUUCAUGUGUACAUAAACACCUUGUACAAAGUUUAAAUAACUCAAUGAAGAAGAUUAUGUCAGGACGAAUCAAGAAAUCUCUCAAUCUUAGUGGGAAUGUUGUUGUGUUGCAGGUAACAUGAUUGACUGAAUAAUGUAUUUUGACAGCAUUUUAGAAUUUGGCUAACUGGUUGUUUUGAUACUUGAAGGCUUGGGUGGUGGAAAGACUGUCUUUGCACAGUCAUACUACUCACAAGAGGUUCCCCCGCAUAUGGCAAUGGUACCCUUAUAAGGAAAAGAAAGAAACAAUUAAAAAUAUAUUUAAGUUCGAAGAUUUACAUCUUGAUUGGUACGUAAGUAAAGUGGAUCGUCAUACAGCUGAACUUCGUAUUGCAUUGGGAAUGUAUGACAUUGGGAUGGGUCAGGGUGAGGAAUCAAUGGCUCAACCAUCCAGGGUUCAGGAUUCAGAUGACGAUAUAUAGCAUCGACAUUACCAUGUGGCUAGAAGGUGCUGAUGCCAUAUUGAAGAAUACAAAUUCUGAAAUAGAGUCAUUGCAUGGCCACAUUGCAAGGCUAUCGAAGGAGUUAACGGACCUUCGUGAAUUUCCAAUUUAUAACGAAGAAGGUGCAUUUGGUGAUCCUGAAAAAAGGAUAUGAAGAACCAGCAGGUGACCACCCUGUAGGUGACGAAGAGUACGACAGUGGAGAUGAUGACCACCUUGUAGGGGAUGAAGAACCAGCACCUAAAGAUGACAAAGCUACACCAUCUAAGCAUCGUCCUGAUUAUAUUGAUGUUGAUGAUGGCAACGACGAUGUUCCUCUAGGGGUGGUACCAUUGGCAGUUCCCCCUCUCCGCAGUUUUGGUGGUUAUUCUACCGCCGAUGUCGACGUUGACCAAUUGUAUAACGCAGUAAGCCUCAGGGACACAAACAAACGAUCUAGGUAAUUGUUUUGAUUCAUAAUUUUAUUGUGAUAGAUGAUCGCGUGUCAAGUAAUAAUAUUUGAAUAUUUUCAGAGUUUUGUGUGAAAUAAUGGGGCAGUUCUUGGACACAACUUCUAUUUGUUAAUCUUUAUUUAUCUUCUUUAGUGUUUAUUGAAGGUUGACCAGUGUUGUAUUGUGUAGGUGGUGGUGUUAUUUGCAUCUACAAUGUUUAUGCACUACCAGAGAAAGUUGACCGGUGUUGUCAAGAUGCUUCAUUUCAAUUCCAUAUACGCUGUACAUUUCUAUUUAUUUGAUAUGAUGAUCCAUUUGUUGGUAGAAAUAAUGUUCAAUACAUUGAUGCAUUUGAAAUUGUUGAUAGAGCCAUGUUCUCGGUGAUUUUAGGAGAUGUCCUGAAAAUCAACAUGAGUAAUCCCUUCGUAGUUACACGGCCUAUAUGAGGUCUGAUCAUUUGGUCUUGGAGACAUGCCCACUACUGACUUUUUGUUUAUACCCUUUAUCUAUGAUAAUCACUGGUGGUGCUAUGCCGUGAAAAUUAGAACAUUAGAAAUAUAUGCCAUUGACUCAAUGGGCAAGGGUGUUAGAGAUAGGAAAAGAAUUGACAAAUUUGUGGGUGAAAAUAUGGCCAAAUUCUUUUGCAUGUUGUACAAUAGACCCGAAUGGAGUAUUGGUCUUUUGUCCAUUCAACAAUCAAAUAUCCCAUCCCAACCAAACUUAUAUGAUUGUGGAGUUAUCAUGUUAAAAGCCAUAAAAAUUUGGGAUGGAGAGGACAAAUACAACGGGAAGAGCAUGCCAAAGUACAUGAAUGAGGAGUUGCGUCAAAUUAGAAAAAACUAUGUAAAGUAUUGGAUCCUAGACAACGAGAACAUUAGAAUAUUCGAAGCGCUAGAUGAAUAUGCAUUAUUGUAGGAUUUGAUGGAUAUGUACAAAUUUUAUAUGUAUUUAGACCAACAAUGAUAUAUGUAUUCAUAUUAUAUUGUAAUAAGUAAUGAUUGUUACAAACAAUGAUAAAUGUA